AAUCUUUGUCAAAUGGCCUGCAUUCGUCAUUUGCUAUUAAUUAUAUCAGACGUGUACAUUUUACCAAUCUGCUAUGAUUAAUAAUAUACUACUAUAAAGAGAAGUUACCAGACCUAGCGCGCUAACUAGCUAGCCAGUUUUCCAUGUUGUCUAGAAACGGAAAUGCACUACACUGUCGUAAAGCGCAGGAUGUGACUCACUUAACCAACAAUCUCAAGUUUUAUUAGCAAGCAUGUUACGAUCUGCUACAGAGACAGACCCGUCUUUAGAUAUUUAUUCAGACGAUGAUGAUAAUAAUGUAUUAACAGAAAGAAGACACGCAUUUGGCGAUGAAAAUGCAGCUUUAGAUGAAAGCGGCGCGAGCCGCAAGGCAACGCCUGCGCGGCAGCAGUUCUGGAGAGGCACACACCUGUGGCCCGCUCGCGUAGCUUCAAUGCUGUGCAGCAUUGUCGUUGUCUCAUUCAUCGCUGUGUUUAUCUCCUUUUUGUACAUAGUAUUAAAAGAUUUAAGAGCUGAAAGGAUAACCACUGAAGAUGGAUCAGAAGUGAGACUCUUGGGGUUCUGGAGUAUUUUGGUCCUGUCUUCUGUUGCUGGAGGACUGUGUUGCAGCUUCUCCUGGACUUUAACCUACUUUGACUCAUUUGAGCCAGGGAUGUUUCCCCCAACCCCACUGUCUUCAGCCAGACUCAAGCGAAUGACCGGACACUCUUUCCAUAUGGGUUACAGCAUGGCUAUACUCAACGGCAUAGUGGCUGCACUUACUCUCAUAUGGUAUCUCGCUUGAUGCCAGACACCCACACUCCUAAACUGAACUCAUCUUUCAUCCACGGGCAAACCUGGAAGAGUUGGGGAAAAAAUCGACAUCAUAAUCUAAAAUAAGAAACAAAAACAAACCAUGUUUACUCAAAAAUACUGUAUGAAACCUAUUUAACUUUCUUCUGUGGGACACAAAAUGAAAAAAUAUUAUAUACAGUCGUGGAAAUAAAAGGUCAGGACGUUGACAAUUUUGACUUAAUACUUUAAAAUACUUUGAAAUAAUACUUUAAAAAUGAAGAUACAUCUUUUAGUUCAUGGACAAAUUUCAUACGCACAUGCAUUUUAUAGGAGGUUUCCACCUCUUUAAGUUUCUACCAUUUACAUUUUAUGAAUUCGGACCAAAACGCAUAAUGAUUCUUAAUGGACUACAUUUCAAUAAAUAAUAAAUAACAUUGGCAAAGUCAGGGACUCUUUGUUCCCCAGCUAUUUUGUCUUUUAAAAAGCUUUGUUUGUAUUACUGCCGCUAUAACCAUUACAAUAGCAGUGCAUUACUGUCUGAUUUCUGUUUCUUUUGAUGUCGAUCAGCAGCAAAACAUCACAGGGAUGUGGUUCAACUGCUUCCAAAUAAAUUGGAUGGGCAUUCUAGGACCACUGCAUAGCAAAGACCCGAGUCCCUUAGGAUUUGUGCUUUAUUAAAGAUGCGAGUUGCUGCUCCAUUGAGCGUUUUAAUGGGGAAAUCAUUAAUACAAUGGCUGUUUUGGGGUUGAUGGAGAACGGCCGUGUUAAAGCUUUGUGGAGAGGCUGGGAGAAGGUCAGAAGUGUGGAUUUAAUUUAUGACUUUAAUUAUUUGAUGCAGAGUGCAGACUCGGCCAGGCCAUGAUUACUUUUUUCUUUUUAUUAGAUUAGCAAGCCCUGUAGCGACUCAUUUUAACAUGCACUAAUGCACUGGUCUGUCUCGUAUAUAGAGUAUUAAUGUACUAGCGCACUGGUGUGUGCGUGCGUGCGUGCGUGUGUUUGUUCAAUUUGCAUGUGGUGAAGAUUGUGUUUAUCUUUACUGGACAAUAUCGUUUUAAGUAUGUUUAAAUGGAAGUUCAUUCUUGAUUGCUAUACGUGUUUUUGUUGAUUUCAAAUUAUCCACUUAAAAACCUCUCGCUAUAUUGUUUGGAUAUUUUAAGGGGAAAAUUUGAGAGACCGCCCAAGUUAUUUUCAGUUUUUCUGAAUUUACUAUUUAUAGCUAUGAGUUUAAAGUGAUAGUUCACCCAAAAAUGACAAUUCUGUCAACAUUUCAAACCUGUAUGACUUUCUUUCUUCAGCAGAACACAAAAGAAGAUAUUUUGAAGAAUGUUGUUAACAUUGGUUUUGUGUCCAUACAGAAGUUAUAUAGAAGUUAAUGGGGGUCAAUGCCGUUCGGUUACCAACUUUCUUUAUAGUUUUUUAUUACGUUAUUUUGAAAAAUAUGAAAAAGAGAGAAAUUGGUAAAAAUAAAAAAAUGCAACGUUUCCAGAUCAUGCAAUACUGCAAAGAAAACAAGUUCAUAUUUAUAUUUAAAGAACACAGGACAAUUGUUUUAUUGUAUUUUACGAGCAGUUCAAAAAUGAAUAUGAUGGCUUGAGACUGAUUUUGUCAAAACUUUAAUACAUCUUUGCGUUCUGUCAGUCUUUUACAUUGCUGUGGGGUGUCUGUCAUAGAAAAGUUUUGGUGGGAUAAAGUUAAAAAAGUAUCUUAUUUUGAAGUGAAGGUCUGUCUGAGGUACACUUUACUCACUGUCUUCAAAAACACUGAUCACAGACUGAUCAUCUUAUCCCAAAGCCUCCUGAUAUGAAGCUUGACUGGUUUGUUUGCCUGUUUACUCUCAUUUAAAUAAUCAGGGAUGAAAAAACAGUGGAAUAUUCAUUGCAAACCCAAAUGUGGAACAUCGUGUCAACUCAAGCUAUAGCAAAAUGAAUAUAUAUAUAUAUAUAUAUAUAUAUACCCAAAAACAAUAAAUUUGAA